AAUGGAUUACCAGAUAUGCCACUGAUAAUACAGCAUCCACGGCUACUGGUAAACGUUCAUUUACUGUGGCAGGUUAUUUUAAUCAAUUGACAAAAAUCAAUGACAUGAAAAUUGAUUAUUCUGAACAUGAAUUGAAAGAAACUGAGGAAUUUUUAAAGAGAUUAAAACUAUGGUUGACAUCCGUUAAUUUCUUUUAUUUGGUACCAUCAUUUAUGCGACAUUAUAUACCCGGUUUAAUUCAACUAAUGCCUCCAGUACCUUCGGUAUUUCGAAUGGCCUCUAAAGAUGACGAAGUAGCUGGUAUGAAAUGGAAAGCCGGUCAAACCUUUUUC